CUCACUCCCCUUUUUCCCUUCCCUCCUCCCCCUCCGUCCGCCCGCCACGCCUGGGCUCGCUCGCCCUCGCGACAGCCCUGCAAAGUGGUGGGCCCCCCCGGGGCAGGCAAAGGCGGCGCUCCCAAGCAGACGCAGAAGCCCAUCUCGAAGGAGCAGUGGCUCGCAGCGCUGCCGAAGGACCAGCUCACGAGCGAGGAGGCCGCCCUGAGAGAGGCGAUCCUCAACUGGCUCGGAGACUGGCCCAAGCGACGAGGCAACGCUGGCAAAACCAUGAAGUUGUCCGACUGCGGUCAGGACCCGGAGGUCCAGCGAAAGAGGCAGGCGUUGCUGCCGACCACUGUGCAGAUGCGCGAGUGGAUCGACCACCGCGUCGGCGGGGAGGUGGAGCUGCGGAAGGACGACCAGGGCUGGUACGAGAUCGCCCUGCGGGGCCAUAUGCCCCCGGCGCAGAAGCAAACGGCGCGCAAGGAGCCGCCCGCUCCCGCCAAGGACACUGGCAAGGUCGCGGAGGUUUUUUUCGCCACCCUCCCAGCAGACGAGUUGACCGAGCAGGAGCUGAACCUGAGAAUGGCCGUGAUCGACUAUCUCGAGUUGCACUCGUCAGGUUCCACGCCGCCGUUGAUGUCCGACCUGUCUAAAGACAGAGCGGUUACAGAGGCGCGGGGGCAGCUGCUGCCGCCAGAGGUCACGCUGCGGAUGUGGAUGGAUCGGCGGAUUGGCGGCGAGGUGGAGGUCAACAAAGACGCCAAGAGCGGAGCCUGGCAGGUCAGAAAGAGAGACUCUGGGGCCGCGGAUGCUGGGCGGCCCAAGGACACCCCCAUGACCAGGGACGAGUUCUUCGGUAGCCUGCCCUCGGACAGCUUCACAGAGGACGAGGAGGCCUUGCGCGACGCCCUGUUGACGUUCCUGGAGGGCUGGCAGGAGAGCGAGCCCCCGACGCUCUCGAAUGCCGGGAGCGACGCCGCGGUGCGUAGCAGCAGGGUGAAGGUGCUGCCGAAGGGCACGCCCGUGUCGCUGAAGGAUUGGAUCGACCGAAGAAUGGGCGGCGAGAUCGAGAUGCAGACCGACCCUGGUGGCCAGAUGCGAUUCGGCCUCCGGGGGGAGCUGAACAUGAGCGGCGCCGGGAAGAGGAAGGCCAGCGCGGUGGACAGAGGUGGCAAGUCCGCGGGCAAGGGGACACCGUCGCAGCCUGCGAAGAAGGGCCGAUUCGACGGCAAGG